AUGGAGAUCAAGGAAGUAAGAUUGAGAGAAGAAAAGACGCGUUACCGUAGAGAGGUGAGAAACCGUGGGCGUGAAGGCGAAACCCUAGGAACGGUGGAUGUAAGAAAAAGAAGAGGAAUUCCAGAAGGAGGAAGAGGAUUUGCAAGUUCGUUGUGGUCGACAAGAGAGAGACCAGAAAGGAAGGAAGAACAAAAAUUUUUAUUAUGUCCUAAAGAUGUGAGUGGGAAGAGGCAACAAAGGAAGUUUUCUUUAUUUGCAUGA